AGUAGAUACUUACGAUUCGGUCCGGUUUUUCAUUGAGAUAAAAAAGAACUACAUACAUGAUCACCCAGUCAAACCAAAGCGACAUUAAAUAAUAUAAUUCCUUGAAGAACCACGAUAUGAACAAUCUUAUAUAAACCAUCGUUCAGCAUCGAUCCAUGCACAGCGAUUAAAGGAAGAUAAUUCCCAAGAAAUUAAACAAUGGAAUCGGAGAAGACAGACCAAGCGGUGCUGAUCGGAAGCUGGUACGCCUCCUACACCAACAGGGUGAAAGUUGCCCUCAAGAUCAAGGGCAUACCUUACGAGUACAUAGAGGAAGAUACCACCAACAAGAGCGAGCUCCUCCUCCGCCACAACCCGGUCCACAAGAAAGUCCCUGUGCUUGUGCACAACGGCCGUCCGGUUGCGGAGUCGCUGGUGAUACUUGAGUACAUUGACGAGCAAUGGAGCCGCAGGCCCAGACUAUUGCCCGAGGAUCCUUAUCACAGGGCCAAGGUCCGGUUCUGGGCCAACUUUUACGAUGAAAAGAUCAAGGCUGGAAGCUAUUCGAUAAUGAAGUCAAGAGGCAAGGACCGGGACAAGGCCGUCGACGACUACAUGGAGCUGCUCAAAGUGUUCGUAGAAGGUAUCCAGAGGGACUUCCCGUCGAAAUCCCCGUUCCACGAGGGGGAGAGCUUGGGCCUUCUUGGGAUAGUAGUGGGAGCAAAUGCGGGCAACUACGAGGCCUUCAAUGAGGCCUUUGGGCUUGAGUUGGGUCCGCACAACUCCCCAGCAUUCUUCUCUUGGGUCGAUGCCCUUAAGGAUCAUCCAGUGAUGAAGGAGACCCUCCCACCUCACCACAAGCUCGUUGCCAAGCUUAAGAAGAGCCUUCCAGUCUCCUAGGUAGACAAUUCUAGUUUGUGUGUACAACUGUUUGGAGAUGCAAUGAAUUCCUCGAAAUAAAGUUUUACCCGUCAAACGUGUUCAUAGAAACGGUCCAUCACUCGUAAGGCCUCACAACAAUAGCCACUAACUCUCACUCCAAGCCGAUCUCCGCUCUCAAACAUGUUAGAGAAUAGCUUGGGUGAGCAGGAGAACCAUGUCUAACAGCGGGACCGGCUUAGAGGACUUCCUAUAUAUCCUUGUUUAUUUUAUAGGUAAGUAAGCUAUUAUAACA